UAACUUUAUUCCACACACACCAUAUUUAUUUCAAAGUUAAUUUUGUCUCUCUUCACCAAAGAAAUCUGGAAAACUAUCUCAUUCUCAAACAAACCAUAGCCGCCUCCUCCUCCUCCUCCCUCCUUCAGUGUGUCUCCGGCGGUCGUUACAUUGGUCCACCAUCUUCAUCCUCUCCUUUUCAUCUGUAAUUAUACUCUAUCAAAUUUAUUUCAAGUCAAAGAUGAUUUUAAAUUUCCCUACGACCAUCUUUUCGGCUAUAUCUUGACAUCCACGUACAAGCUUUUGAAAUAUGCUUCAGAUUCGGCUUAGUAAGAAUCCAUCCUCUGAUGGGUCGGCAGGCGUGAAGCAAUCGCCUGUUGAGACUGUUACGGUUGCCUGCCCUGACCAUUUGGUCCUUGCUGAUCUUCCUGUUGCAAAGGGUAUUGGUACAGCUACUGCUUCUUCCGUUGUUAGGAAUGUGGGUCGCAGAUCUCGUCGCCAGCUUGGUGAGCGAGUUCAUUUCUGUGUUCGAUGUGAUUUUCCUAUUGCGAUUUAUGGAAGGCUGAGCCCUUGUGACCAUGCUUUCUGUCUCGAUUGUGCUAGAAGUGAUUCAUCGUGCUACCUGUGUGAAGGACGAAUCCAGAAGAUUCAGACUAUCAAAGUGAUGGAAGGAAUCCUGAUAUGUGCAGCUCCUCAUUGUCUCAAGUCAUUCUUGAAGAGAGUUGAUUUUGAAUCUCAUAUCCAUGAAUUCCACGCCGAUCUUCUUCGCCCCAAUGCAGAUAAAGAAGAUGGAAAUGAGUCAGAAGCACAAAGUGUUAGACAACCUACAGCCUCAGACUCCACUGCUCGAGGCCCCCUAAGGCAAGUUUUUUCUCCAGGUUCAAAUUCUCAUGAUCUGGAAGACAGAACCCGUCGGCAACCACCAAGAGAUCAAGCUCCUUCAAGGCCAGCAAUGCAGCAAAAGCCACCAUUUUUCGGCCAACAACAUCACCCUUCAGAUUCCAUUUCUGGUUCUGUCGGAGGUAUGCAGCAGGGCUUUCAUCAACAAAGUUUCGACAUGCAGCAGCACCCCCCACAAGAACCUGUUCAGUUUACCGACAGGCAGCAAUCGGUUGGUCCAGAUAACUCAUUUCCUGAGUAUCCAACAAUGCACCCUGCACAACCCACCAAUGUUCCCCCACACCCAAACUCAAUGCUGAACCCACCUAUGCCAUUUGGUUAUCCCCCUUUCCUGCAAGACCGAGCUCAACCAUUUUAUGCUGCUCCCUAUGAUAUGCCUAGGCAGGACUCGUCUUCUGAUAUUGGUGGAGACCCAAAUUCAUUAAUGGGUUACCCACAAGGGGUCCCAAAUGGCCCAAACUUUCAAGGAAAUUAUCCCCAACCCUGGAAUGCAGCAGGUGUUCCUUUUGAACAAGCACAAGCUAGUGGUAUGGCUGUGGAUCCAAGGGAUUCCAAAGGUAUAUUGACACCACAGCCCAUGGCUCUGCCACCACCACCACCACCACCUCCGGCCCACAUGUUGAAACCAAACUACUAUCCUGGUGAUCAUGGACAUGAUGGUCAAAGUUAUGGUUGGCAGCAUGAUAACCGUGAUAGCUUUAAUGGUCAAGGCUGAUAAGGUUUCCUAUCAUUCAUGUCAUGUCUCUUGCAUCUUUGAAAUCACUAAACUGCAAUUUCUAUUACAUUUUGGUCUUUUUGUAUUUGUACAUUCUGAUCGAGUUGAGUUUUUCCUUUAUUGUUUACCAUAGGUAAUCGAAAGUUUUAUUUUGCGUAUUUUGCACUAGAAUCGUCAAGUGAAAAUGGAAUCGAAUGUAUUCGAAAACUUGGGAUAAUAUGGCUCUUCAACCUCA